GUGUUUUUGUCAGUGCUGCACAGUUUGAUUUAUGUUUAUUUUGUUUUGAUAGUAAUGUGUUUUGGGCGCAAUUAAUAAAUGUGUGUCAAACAUGAAGAACUGUUCAUAAUACUUAAUUGAAUGUUAAUACAAUGCAGAAAUAAUCAGCGCAUAUUUUAUUUAGUGCUUGGCCCUGCCUCUUUUUGCUAAGUCGCGCAGUCUGGCCCCCAGCUUCAAAACUGGUUUCAUUCAGUUGGCUUCGUGUACACAAACUUCAGUCACAUUAAGUCUGCAUUCACACACGUAUUUACUAUGCUCAAAUACAUGUAAACAUAAUAACUGUAACGUAAUUGUGCACCGUCGUAACAGUUAAAGUUGCUAUAUACAACAAUUUUCUUAUUUGAAUUUUGAAAUUAAGAAAACUCCCAAAAAUGCCCGACUGCUGUCAGUCAUGUAUGGCACGGAUUCCCUACGCGACGCUGAUAGCGACACUCAUGUGUCUGCUGGGCGUAGGCAUCUUCUGCGGAACCAUGUACAGAGGAGCCUCUCUAACGGUCAUCAUGAUGGAUCAAGUGUUUCACCUGCGCCUCAUAUGGAUUGAAGCUGUGCAGAUGAUAUUUGUGAUCAUUGCCGCUGGGAUGGCUGCUCUGGGAUUCAUGAUUCUAUUUGUUGGUUUUCUAGCCACGGGCGCUACGCGUUACAAGGUCUACAGGGCGUGGCGAUCACGAGUUGGCGGCCGUAUUUCUUGUGCUGUUCUUAUGGGCAUUACGUAUUUGCUAAACUUUGUCUGGACACUAAUAUUAUGUUUCCUCGUGAUUGUCACAUUUAUUUAUACCAUGUUCUGGAACAUGUGCUCCAGUGUGGAGCAGUCCCUGAGUUGCAUUGACUUAACACAAUUUCAUUUCAUGUUUCCGCCAAAUACUAAACUCGAGGACAUGAAGGUCUGCGAAAAAUACGAGAUUAAGGCAUUUUGCAAAGAUGGUGUAGAACCUGCUGAAGUCAUGUUUAUCUUAGCCACGCUAUCAACACUCUUGGUGAUCCUUAGUCUUGUGCAUUAUUUAAUGUGUCUCUCGGCAAAUUACGCACACAUUCGUGACCACGAAAAGUUCCAGGAACUUCAGGAGAUACAAAAUCUUAAUGAACUGGAGUACAGCGCAACAUCCAAGGAUCGCUUCUAGAACGUAUUUGAAAUCGAUUAAUUUGUGCUUCCAUGCGGAAUCGAUGGAACACAAUGACAAAGAAAUGCAACGAAUAUGCUUUAGUGUUUAGAAUUUGUUUUUAAUCUUUAAAAUUAUACCCAAGCCUGUUUUGGAAUAUUUAUUUAAGUUUUUCAAAACUAAUGUAUGUGAAAUUCUGUAUCGUAAAUUUAAUUUAGACCAGAAGCGCUAGCGAAUAACAAUCUGAUACAAAGGCAUCUAUGUUAUAAACGCUGUGCUAACAACCGCAGUGGAGCAUAAGCAGAGAUGCGUGUAAUUGCAUCGAGUAACUGGGUUCUUUGCCCUGUCUACCACCGUGAAACCAUACCAAAAUUUAUGUGCUAAGCUGGCACUAAUCAUGUUUUAGUUUUCACCAACUUGCGUCCAGAUAUAUAUAUAUAUAUAUGUAUAUUAUUGACAUAUAGUAUUCUU